AGUCUAUGAUAGCGUCUGCUUCAUGUUGAUCACAAACGUGAAUAUGUUGAGGCUCUGCGCAAAAAAUAUACCUCUCAGGAGCUGUGGUACUCAGAUUGUGCGACGGUGUUCAGGUGACGUGAAAACAGCAAGCAAAGCAUCUGACAUUACUAAAGUACCUCUGAGCAAGUCUGUUGAAUGGUUGCCUCGACCUGUAUACGCGACAGUGUCUAGCACACCAGCGCAGACCCAAGUAACAACUCUUGACAAUGGCCUGCGUGUGGCAUCUGAGCCAAAGUUUGGCAACUUCUGCACAGUUGGAGUUGUUAUUGACAGUGGCAGUAGAUAUGAGGUGGCAUAUCCAAGUGGAAUCUCUCACUUCCUUGAAAAACUUGCUUUUGGUAGGACAGUUAACAUGACCCGUGAUGACAUCAUGGGAAAGUUUGAGAGACUUGGCGGGAUUUGUGACUGCCAGUCUUCGAGGGACACAUUUAUUUAUGCUACUUCAGUGGAGUCCAAGGGUAUGCCUGAAGCUGUAGAAGUGUUGGCAGAAGUUGUCCUCCGCCCUCAGCUGCUGCCUGAAGAGGUUACAGAUGCAAGAAUGGCUGUGACUUUUGAUCUGGAGGACCUGCAGCUAAGGCCAGAGAAAGAUACUUUGCUGAUGGAAAUGAUACAUGCUGCUGGAUACAGAGACAACACUCUUGGGCUUCCCAAGAUUUGCCCACCAGAGAAUGUGAUGAAGAUUGACAGGCCAACCCUUUUCACCUACCUGAAGAAACACCACACACCCUCUCGCAUGGUUCUAGCAGGUGUUGGGGUCAAUCAUGAUGCUCUCGUCGAGUGUGCACAGAAACACUUUGUAGAGCAUCCGGCUAUCUGGGAAAUGGAGCCAUCGUUGGGGAGCUCUCGCGCUAUUGAAGUGGAUCGGUCAGUGGCUCAAUACACAGGCGGCAUAAUUAAGGAAGAUGCAGAUCUCUCUGAUGUAUCACUGGGCCCAAACCCUCUGCCAGAGUUGGCACAUUUGGUAAUUGGCUUAGAGUCUGUUGGCCACCAGCACAAAGACUUUGUUACGUGCUGUGUCUUAAACAUGAUGAUGGGAGGAGGUGGAAGUUUCAGUGCAGGUGGUCCCGGCAAGGGCAUGUAUACACGUCUGUAUACAAAUGUUCUUAAUAGAUACCACUGGAUGCACAAUGCGACUGCAUAUAACCAUGCAUACAGUGACAGCGGUCUCUUCUGUAUCCAUGCCUCAGCCCACCCCUCUCACCUUGGAGAACUCACACAGGUGUUGACCCGGGAGUUUGCUGCAAUGGCAGGACAUGUCGGGAAGGAGGAACUACAGCGUGCAAAGGUGCAACUUCAGUCAAUGCUGUUGAUGAAUCUAGAAAGUCGUCCUGUAGUUUUUGAAGAUAUUGCUCGCCAGGUGUUAGCCACAGGUCAUAGGCUACAGCCACAGCAUUUUAUGGAUCUCAUUAAAAAUGUGACUGCUGAUGAUAUAGUCAGAACUGCAGGACAGAUGCUGCGAGGAAAGCCAUCUGUAUCUGCUUUAGGAACACUUGAUCGUUUACCGAACAUCUCCGAUAUUGAAAGUGCGCUAUUACAGAAGGAUGGACAAUUACCUUCCAGAAGGAGAUUUACAAUUUUCCGAUAACUAUGUUCCCUUAGUAUCACUUAAUAAAUUUGAUGAUUAGUAUUGCAGAUAAGUAGGAAGACUAAGAUAAUGUAUGUAGAGUUUCAUGUGCUCAGUAUCAAAGUCUAGCAUUGUGGAUAUUUGAGUGUCUAUGGUUGUCUGCCAUGAAAGCUCAUUUCCAUUUUUCAGGGAUAUUUGGCAUGUUUUGUGUCACAGUUAUUAAUGUAUGGAUGGCAUUUAUAGAUAAUGUGAAUGUGGCGCUGAUGAUGAAGUGCAAAGGAAACUUGUAAUAUAGUGUAGGUAGGUAUUGUCUUUUCUAAGAAAAUGUGAUAAGGACAAACAGGUUUGUAAAGUUUGCAUUCUAGGGGAAGAAGAGUUCUGUAGAUAUAGAUAAGAGGAAAAUAUUUUUUACAUGAUGUCCACAAGGUUCUGAAAUAGGACAGUAAACAAAAUAUCAAAGUAGGACUACUGUGCAACAAUGUAAAUAUGUUAAGAGUUUAAUUUGUUAGGUGCCAAAAUAGAUGGCUCACUGCUGCUCACAAGCUCAAAAGAGUAUAAAGUGGAAAAGAAAAGAAUAUAGAAGUGCAGAUGCCUGCUUUGCAGUUUUAUCCACUUGAGAAUUUCAGUUGGCUUGGAUUACAUUAAAGAAAUAUUUAUUUAAAAAUUGUAAGGGUGUUGUGCCAGAAAAAAAGACUUUUUUAGAGAACAUAAUCAUGUUUAUAUAUAUAUAUAUAUAUAUAUAUAUAUAUAUAUAUAUAUAUAUAUAUAUAUAUAUAUAUAUAUUCUCUGUGAUGUUAUAUAACCUAAACAUGUAGGAGAAUUAAACAUCUAGGACCAUGGGAGGAAUGUUUUUGAGGCUUCAGAAAGUAAACCUGAACUGAAAACUCUUUGCAUUAUUUGGCUUGUACUAAUAUAACAAAAUGUAAUGCAGAAUGGAUUUUCCUUUGUUCUGCUGAUAUAAAUUGUUUAUUUUUCUUCUCUCACUUAAGUACAGGAAACUUGUGCGACAGAAUCAUGACUCUUCAGGCUACUAUUGCCCUCCCUUACUCAAGAACUUAGCAUGUGGUUUUUCUGUACUCAGAAUGUUAUAUAAGAAGGAGUUGGUUGUGGGUCAGCUAGUUCACAUUGCAUAAUAGCAAGAGAAAUAAUGGAUUGUUAAGCUCAGUAGAAUCACAAGAUACUUUAGAUGUAAUUUCAAGGACAGCAUUGUAUUCAGAAUGGAGACAAGAACAAAAGGGAUGAUUCUGAAGGUGAUAAGGUGUACAUUGUAGCAGUUGUUAAAAUUGUUAAUGCCUCUGAUUUAUAGUAAAGAACUAAAACUGCAAGUAAUAAAAAAAUGGUCCUCAGGAUAUUGCCAGCUGAGUGGAUUUAAAGCUUAAGUUGUCGAAAGAAGACCAGGAAAUAAAUGUUAAAGUAAAAUUUGCUUUGACAGACUUUUGAGCCUAGUAUUGCAUAUUUUUCAGCAUAUAAUGCAGAAAGAUGGUGUAACAGGAUUACUAAAUUGAUUGAAUUUUCUUGAGAAGGGAGAAAAAAUGAAAAAAUCUGAAUCAGUCAUUUGUUCAUCGUAAUUAAUAAGUUAAUAAUAAUAAUAAUUAAUAAUAAUAAUUAAGAAUGUCUGAGAUUUGGUAUAUGAUAAAUGAAGGUUGCAUGGAAAAGAGCAGCUGGUAACUGAUAGUGCUUUAUUAACUAUUUUACAUUUAAAAGACGAGCAUUUAAAACUGUAGGAGAUUGCAUCUAGAUUUUCAUUGGCAUCCAAUUUUUCCAUGUGUGAAUGUAUAACCACCAUGUAAGAUUGCUAAAAUUCCAGUAUAAUGGAUAUGGUUUGUCAUUUGCUUUAAUGCUAUGUGGCUUCUUCUUGUGACCAAAAUGAGCUAUAGUAUCCUCUGCCUAACCACAGCAUUUUGCUUUUGUAAGGGAUGGGACAUCUUUCAGGUGUGGAAAUCUUCACUGUUUCAGCAAACAGAGAGUUAUAGAUGCCUGUCUGACUACACCGAGCUGAUGAUCUGAAAUACAAUUGUCUCCUCAAUUAGUUGCAAAACCUCAUUAACAUUUUUGAAGGGAACUCGAAAACCAGCAGGAUUUGUGUAUAAGAAUACUCAUGUAAAUCAAUUUUUGUAAAAUCUAGUUUGUGUAAUUUUUCCAUGAUUAGAAAAUUAAAUCUUAGAUUAUACAGUUGCUAUAUGAUUUAGGCAUUUCUUUAGGAAAGAAAUACUCUGGAAAAAAGAACAAAGAAGUAUAUAUUCAUAAUUAAUCUCUUUAGAAACUUAAAAAAUCAAGUAGUUAACCCUAAGAAGCUAUGUGGUGACAGGACACCAUUGCACAAUUGUGAUAUGUAAUAUUGGAGUGGUCAGUAAAAAAAAAAAAAAAAAAUAGGAAUGAUAUGUUGUAAAGUUCAGAUGCCCUUUCUCCCACUAUCACAAAAUGUGUAAUGGUAUUGUAUUUGUUUUCCAUAAAAGAAAUUGGCAAAUGAGGCAAAAGAUUUGUACCUUUAGAGAAUAUUAAUACAAAAUUAUGUGGUUUAUUAUUUAAAGUUAUGUCCAUUGUUCAACCAAAAUUGUCUCAGAUGUGGAAUGAUUUUUUUAACAGAAAGAAUGAUUAGGUGUGGAUAGAAGUGGCAAUUAAGUUAUAUACAGUUCUGAAAUACACAGUGUACCCAUGUCCAACUUUUGUUUUGCUUUGGGAUGUUUUUUAUUUUUCCAAGUUCAUAAAUAUGUUGUAAGAAAAUGUCAGGUGGGAUAUUCUUCACUCGUAAGUAAUGUGUUCCAUACAUGUACUGUUUCUUUUGUGAAUAACCUGGACAUUGUCUGUAGGAAUAUGGAAAAUUCAAUUCAUAUUAAAUUAAGAGGAGUAAAUGAAGAAUUUUGUGGAUAUUAUUCACUCUUAAAUGUUUAGAAAUUUGAUAUCAACUGAAAAUUGGGGAAAAUGCAGCUAUUGUACAUUUCCACAGAUAUUAAUGAAAAUAUCCUUUUUUAUCUUUUGUAUAUCAGUUGGAAUGGGCAAACAUUAGUUUAGAAAUGAUAGGGAAUGUUAAUUAUUGUAUCAAAUUAUAUGCACGCAUUUGGAGCUUUAGGAUCGUUAUUGGAGUUUUGUACUUCCAGUUGUUUUUUAAGAUUUUGUAAUCGCCCAAGCCAUGGGAGCCCACUUUAUCAUUUUGUAUUAUCAUUGUAAUGUUAUCAUUCUUAUUAUCAUGAUUAUUGUUAUCUAUAUUUUCAUUUAGAUUGUGGUCAUUAUUAUUAAUAGGUAUUUAUUUUUAUACAUGUUUGGAUACUUGGAAUAUAUGUAUAAAUUAUCAGCCACUCAUUGUUUUCACAUAUUCACAUAUUGGUUUGUUAUCUUUUUCUCAGUGUGGAAUAUAUUGCUGCUUGGGCCAGGAAUGCUGCAGCCUUGUAUCAUGUUGUAAAUAUGUAAAAGAUUUGUAAUAAAAAUUGUUGUUCA